AUGGACAAGAUCAAAACAGUAAAACAGCUUGAAAAGUUUAUUCAAAUAAUCGAUACAUGGAGCACCCUACAAGAAACAUCUAUAAAACUCCUCUCCUCCAUCUCAAACAUCCGGCUCCAGCAAAACGCAGCUACCAUCUUGUCCUCAUCAAAAUCACUUUCAACCAUUCCCAUCCUAGCCGAAUUCCCAGAUAUGCUACCCCGUCUCCUCUCAAAACAGACAUCAAAACUAGAAUCCAUGUAUUCAGACUUGAAAACACGCAUCAUGCCCGAGUUUGCGUCCGUGGUAAAGACAAUGAAGACGAAUGCUCGUGACGUGGUGUCAAAGACGCCGUUAGUAGCACAGGAACCGUUAGUAGAGACAGCUGUUGGGUUAUUGAGACCGUUAGAAGUCGCAUCGUGGAUUGAUACGCUGUGUAUCAUGUAUGAACGGGAGUAUCGGAUGAAGGAGACGCUGAUUGUCAUGUUGUUGAGUGGAGACAGUGAGCUGAAUGGGGUGGAUCAUAUCCUGAAGAGGUGGAAAAGCGAGGUGCAUGUUGACUCUGUACUGGUGUCGACGUGUCGUGAAAGACUAGCUCUGGCGCAACAGACUCUACGAAUGAGGUAG